CUCCAUAUAUAUAUAUAUACAUAUAUACAAAUCUAUAUGUAUAUAUAGAGGAAAGAGCCAGAGAAAACAGCGAAAAACCAAAGGCAGCUAGACAAAAGCAGAAAAGCAGCAGUCCAGGAAAAGUAGAAGACGCGGCUAAAGGAGGAGGUGGAGGAGAACACAAACAACAAAGAGCAGCAGCAGCGGAGGAGCAGCAGCAACAACAACAACAACAACAGCAGUGGAAAUGGCCAACAAACAGCCCAGAAAAGUGGCACCCGAUGGCGGUUGGGGCUGGGUGGCCUGCUUUGGUGUUAGUUUGGUUAACCUCGCUACCCGAUCCAUUGAGCCAUCUUUUGGCCUGCUCUUUGGUGACACACUCAAGGAUCUCAAUGUGGGAACGACGGGCGCAGCGGUGAUCAUCAGUGCGCUGGACGUCUGUAUGAAUUUCUCUGGCCUGUUUGUGGGACCGCUGCUAAAGGAGUUCUCCUACCGCAAAGUGGCCAUCGCUGGCUCCCUGCUCUGUGGCCUGGGACUGGCAUUGACAUCGCCAGCGACUAGUAUGGCUCACAUCCUGAGCACCUAUUCGGUGAUCAAUGGCAUCGGUGUGGGUCUAUCCACCUCGGCGGCCUUUGUGGCCCUAAAUCAUUACUUCAAGCACAAGAGAGGACAGGCGGUGGGCCUCUCCAUGGCCGGUACAGCCAUGGGAAUGCUAAUAAUGCCACAGCUGGUGAGGAUCCUACUGGAGGCUUACGACUUCCGCGGGGCGGUGCUGCUGCUGGCUGGUGUGGCCCUCAAUGCCACGGUUGGAUCGGUACUGCUGCAGCCGGUGAAGUGGCACAUGAAGGAGGAGUUUGACGACGAGGAACUGAUGUGCAUCUCGGCCCUGCCCACCCCGCAGCCUCAGCUGACGGUGGGCGGAGCAGGUGGCGCUGGUGGUGCAACUGCGACCGGUGCGCCCGAAUUCAAGGUGAUCAAAGAGGAUGGCAACGAAGAGGAUGCCCUGCCCGAGAUGAACACGUUGUUGUUCCACAAACAUCAUCCGCAUCAGAUGCGUAAGAAUUAUUCUGAAAUGGCCAUGAACACAAUGAAUGGCUCCCGUUUGGGUAUACCCAAGAGGCCGACAUUUCCACGGAUCAUGUCCCUGGCCGGGGUACAGUCCGCUGCCCAUGGAUCCGGCGGAGAAUCGGGCGGUUAUCCAUCGCAGGCGGAGAUUAAUGCCACGCAGCUGCGCUGCCGCAAGGCCUCGGUCACCUCGAACCUCUCCUACAUGGACUUCACCGGCUCGAUCCUUCAGGUGCAUCUCAAUACCGGCGACGAUGAGUUCGAGCAGAACGAUCGUGAACUGCGACGCGUGGGCACCGCCACGGGCAGCAUUGUCCUCGGCGGUCAUCGGGAUAGUUUCAUCAAGAUGAAGCCCACGGAGCUGGACAAGCAGGCCGAGGCAGCUGCAGUCAUUGAUGAGGAGGCAAGGAAGAAGGCCAAGAAGCCGGGAUUCUGGCGACGAUUUGCCGACCUCCUGGACAUUGAUAUGCUCAAGGAUAAGAUGUUCCUUAAUCUGUUAUUUGGUCUCUCCAUCUUCUAUGUGGCUGAGAUGAAUUUUAAGAUGGUCACACCCUUCUUCUUUGCCAAUCUCGGUUAUCAAAAAGCGGAUGUGGCCUUUUGUCUAUCAGUUACGGCCAUUACGGAUAUUGCUGCACGUAUUGUCCUGCCACCGAUCUUUGAUCGUACAACAAUUAAGAAGCGCACCAUCUUUCUGGUGUCCAUCAUUUUCGUGGCACUGACGCGAUCAAUUAUGGCUGAGCAAACGGACUGGACUCAGUUGAUGAUUUGGUUGUCCAUCUGCGGCUUCUUCCGUGGCUCCGCUUUGAGCAACUUCACCCUCACAGUGUCCGAGUAUUGCUCUUUGGAGAAACUGCCAUCGGCCUUUGGCUGGCAUUUGGUGGGCAAGGCUUUGUUUGUGAUCUCCUUUGGACCACUUAUUGGUCUGAUUCGUGAUGUGACGGAUAGCUAUCCCAUUUGUAUACACACCCAGAGUGUUUGCAUAUUGCUGUGUGCCCUUGCCUGGGGCAUUGAGUACCUGGUGGAGUACAUUCAUUCGAGACGACGCACUGCCGAUGCUGCCCAGUUGCCCACACAGGAUGCCACAACGACGACAGCGACAACGCAGGAUGUGAAGCUGUAAGGGCGGGACACAAGGAGAAGGACUACUUAUUAUAGAGAUAAAGAGAGAUCUACUUUAAGGAAGGCAGUCCCCCAGCCACGAACUUUAAUUAUACUUAAAGGGACAGCGAUCAGGAUGAUAGCUAGCUUGUGAAACCCUAAACACA